AAAAGCAAUUCGAUCGGCAAGCGAUUAAGAUGCGUCACUUUACCGUGCUAGUAUCCUGCAUCCUGAUAGUUAUAUUGCCAUGCGUGUUAGGGGCUCACAGGACAGCUCUCAAGAGUCAUUAUAGAAGCUUUGUGAAACCAAAGCAGAAUGUCAUACGGGCUAGAACCAAUCAAACAACACAACUUACAUUAGGAGACUAUACGGAAAACUUUUAUAAACACUGCAUGGAUAUUUUCAAAGAGAAAAACUUGGUUGGUAAAGUGAUCCAUGGCAUGAUCAGUGGAAUUUUAGACAGGCUCAAUGAAGUGUGCCUCGACAAGCCCAUUCACCCACUUAUCCACAAAGUUUUCACGGAAAUCCUUCUCUGUGGCGGAAGCAUGUCGGAUGCAAUCGAUAGCGUCAUUGACAUAUUAUUUGGAAAUUUGGAAAGAAAUUGCAGGGAGAGGCCUGGAUUCAAUAGCUAUUAUAUUUUAACCAGUGCGGAAAACGAAAUAGUUGAAUCAAAAGGUUAAACAACAAUCUGAGAGCUUAUAUAUUGAUGUAACCAAAAUAAAAUAAUUAGGGGUAGCACUAAUACCUCUUAUAAGACAAUAUGUUAUACCAUGUCUUAAUAUAAUGUAAAUAUUACUACAACGAUAUUUAAACAAUGAUUCUUUUAAGAAACUCAAGAAACCAAACUACAUCC